AUUAAAUUCGUGGACCAAUGAAAUAUGGACGAAAUUGGAAUUGAUACAGGGGGUUUAAGGAACGAAUUUUUCCGAUUAGCGCUGCAGGAGAUUAAAUUGAGUCGUAUGUUCGAAGGAGAAGAGCUGUCUCGCAGUCUAGCGUUAGAUGCAGAUUCUCUACGUUUAGAAGACUACAAACUAGGAGGGAUGAUAAUGGCACUAUCUACUGCGCACAAUGGUCCAUCUCCUCAAUUUUUGUCGCCAGAGCUUUAUGACAUGAUUGUUAGCGGAGAAUAUGACAGACCAGUUGAUAUCUCCAAAAUCAUGGAUGAAGACAUCCGGAAGGAGAUUGAAACUAUCACCAACACCAAGAAUAUAAGGGAACUGGAAUACGCCGUCACUAAUUCAUUGUUGCUCACAAUGAUAGGAGUCACCUCUGUGGACAAUUUUAGGCGUAAACAAGGCAUUAUUAAUGAGUUGAUGGAUUACUGCCUAAAUAUAAGGCUACAGCCCGCUUUUGAACAGUUUUGUAGAGGACUGAAGACCCUUAAUGUCCUUGAAUACAUAAGAAAGCAUCCAGCCGUGAUGAGAGCAGCCUUUGUCAAGCCAGCAUCUGUAUUAACAGCUGCAAAUAUUAAAAGAAUGCUGGAUUUGAAAUUCAGCACGGACGCAGAGCUGAGACGCAAGGAAGAACAGAUGGCGACUCACUUGUUGUACUACUUGGACGAUUUGGAAGCUGGGUUACUUGACGCUUCCAUAGAGGACUUUCUAAUCCUCUUAACUGGGCAUGCAGCUGAGCCUCUGGGAGGAUUUGAGAAGAAACUUACGGUUGCAUUUACACAUGCUGUGAAUGCAGGUGAUAGACCUUAUCCUACGGCCUCCUCUUGUGCCCUGAGACUCACUUUGCCUGUAUUUGAAUGCACGUAUGAAGAGUUCAAGGAGAAAAUGAACGAAACUGUCAAAACAAAAUAUUUUGGCAUUAAGUAAACGGAAUCAUGUCUUCAAGCUGCUUUCUGGUAAACAGGAACCUUUACUUUCACAAGAUGUCAUUUUUUCUUAUGGCCUCAAAAAUUUCCUUAAAAUGUCAAUUCUGUAAGUUUAUUUUUUGUUAAAACUAAAAUUAACUUUAUCUCGUUAUCGGCGCGAUAUUUCACACCACAAGUAAUUAGUAAGUUUGCCAUGUGAUUUAGAGUAAUCAUCUUUUUUUUAUGAAAAAUUGUAGGAUCGCAUAAGUAGUACUGUUCAAAGAUUUGUUUUGCUUUGAUCUUGAAUGAUUUGAACUUAUGCUCCUGAUACAUUCAGCAUUUAAUUGACAGAUAUUUGUCGAAGAGUAUUAUGGAUCACAUUGUUAUUUACUAUUACUUAAUUCGCCCACUAACUUGAAAUUAAUUGGAGAGAACUGAAGUCAUAUGUUUUUCUCUUUCAUUAUUUUGCUGCCCAGUGUGUUUUGUAAAGUAGGCCUUUGAUCAAGUGGUUGAUUUCAAAAAGUACCUAAUGAAAUUGAAACGCCCUCAACAGCUUUGCAACUCUGCUUUAAUAAUUUCCCAUUUUGUACUAUUCCUCAAUCGAUCUCGUCAUGUAUCUCCUGAUG